AUGUCUGAUAUUCGGGAGAAUUGUCUCAUUCGAUUUGAUUGGCAUGGAUCCAUCACCGCAUUUUCGUUUUCGCUCGGCUUUAACACGUCACUCGCCCGGUCGUCCAACAUCUCCUCCACUAUCCCUCUCUUUGCCAGCCCUGACGGCGUUUACACCUUCCCCCUCUCCUUCGGCACGCCGCCACAAUCCCUUGACUUCGCCCUCUCCGGCAGCGUCAGACUUACCUCGUUCCCAUGCAGGGCCAACUUCUCGUGCGGUUACGGCUGCACCCUCGACCCCAAGGACAUUCCCACAUUCAACCCCGAUCUAUCCAACUCUUCGGCUCUAGUUUACUGCAACGACACGUUACUGCACGAUAUUGUCUCAUGGGAACUUGUCCCCGAGUGCUUCGAAGAAUGCUCCGCCGCGAACCACUCGUGCUUGGCGGAGUACACCGACAACGAAGGCUCGUUGGCGAUGUCGGGGGUUGUUUUAUUCGAGUCCCUAACCCUUCCCGGAGUGAAGGACCCGGCCCGCAAUCUCUUUGUCGGGGUGCGUAUCCGAUUCGGAGGGAUGGCCGCACGAAAAGGGAAGGGGACACAGGACAUUAUUCGCUACACUCCGUUCACUGACUUCCCGGACGAGCCGUGGCUGUCAGCAUAUUACUACAUCAACUUGCAGAAGAUUGUGGUCGGGGGAGUGGAGGUCAACGUCCCGACAAAGUACCUUGUCCCGAAUAACGAUGGCCACAGGGGCGUGAUAGUGGAGGCCGGCUACACAGUCUCCGUCAUGGACAUAAGAGUGUUCAAACCGUUCGUGCACGAGUUUAAGAAGCAAGUCGGGACAAAGUACAACAGGGCUACGGAGGUGGAAAACAAGUCUUCGCAUGGGCCGCGUUAUAAUAUUGAUUCGGAUAUGAGCGGUAUGCCAGAAUUGGUUUUCGGUUUCCAAGGAGGGGGCGAGUUGGUUGUGCCGGUUGAAAAUUACUUAGGGUUAUGGAACGACUCGGUUAUUUGCAUGACGAUACGGUCGGUAGGUAACGAGACAAAUGCGAUGGAGGGGCCUGCGAUCGUGUUGGGUCAGUGGCAGAUGCAGAAUGUUUACGUGGAAUACGAUUUGGCCAACAAUCGUCUCGGUUUCCUGCCGAAAAACUGCUCGCAAGGUUCUUAUUAA